AUGGUCAACGAUGGACGGCCCCGUGCAUGCUUGACAUGCAAGCGACGCAGAAUCAAAUGCGACCAUACAAGACCUUCAUGCGCAAGAUGUGUCCUUGCAAAGAUACAUUGCAAGUGGCACACGCCUGCCGAAAAGCCCAAGAUCACGUUCGUGGAAAUAAAUCAGACUGUUGCCCCACGCUAUCGAUCCGGCCAGAUACAGGGCACAACCGGAGCGUCAACCACGUUGAAACAUGCUCUGCAUGAUGACACAGAGACGCAGGCGCUCACAUUCUUCGUGCGAUACUAUUCUUUGGGUUCAGUGCCAAAUGGUGGACCUAAUCCUGGAUUAUUCGGACACGUCAUGCCCGCAAUCUCUUCCUCUCGGACCUCUGCGGCUGCCAUGUCAAUUUCUGCUGUGGCUUUGACUGUGUAUUCGAGGUGGCGUAUGGACAAAAACUUGGCCAAAUGUCGUGCCAAAGUCUUAGGUCAGGCUAUCAAGAAUUUGUCCGGAGAUCUUCAGAAGGAGGACUCAAGGCGGACCGAUCUUACUCUAUUGACCACGCUGCUACUCCAAUAUCACUCUGCCUUUGAGUCUUUGCUGUUUUCCAAGAAAAGCACAAUUGUGCAUCACCUUGGCGCACUUGCUUUAGUCAGAGAAUUUGGUCAUCCUUCUACUUGGUCGCCCAUCGCUAGCGAGUUUGUGGGUGUCAUAAUCCAUCUGGAUAUCACAGCUGCCAUCCGCGAACAGCGUCAAGUACACCCCGAAGUGCGCUUCUGGAGAUCGAUCAUUAGUUCCACUUCAGUGGAUCCUAGUAGGUAUCUGGAUACUCUGGGCAUUCAGGUCGCCGACUUGCAAUUUCGGGCAACUGCAUUCCAAGGAGGCGCAACGCUUUGCUUAUCACCCACAGAGAUCGACACGCUUUUGGACGACAUUCAGCAACUUGACGAUAGCCUUGUGCUGUGGCAGGGAAACGUAUCGAGAUUCUGGGGUCCGUUCAGCUGGUCUCCUCCGGGGAUCAUCUUUCCCCCAAUUCAAGCAUUCCAAGGAUCUUGUCACGUGUACACCUCAGUUACUGCGGCUAGGAGAAUGAACGACUCGCGAAGUCAUCGCCUGACUCUCGCGCUGAUAUCCCUCAAGCUGAAUGUCGAACGAGAGAAAAGCAUUGAGGAGGUUUGCAAGUCGAAUUCAAGCCAGAGCGGCGUACACGUCCUUGUCAAACGCAUUCAAUGGCUUGUCGACGGUAUCUGCGGAUCGGUCCCCUUCUGCCUAGGUAACAGAAGCAGAGUCGGAACCGUCCUAGACUUCGGUGAUCCGACCUGGAUAUUCCCUACGUGUCACGACAUGUCUGAGAUGUACGGUUUAUACGGACGGCCAGCCGAACCAAAGGGACUUGAGUCUGUCGCAGACCAUUACAGCCACGCUAUCACACAAGGCUCCUGGCUGAUGUUAAGCAACCUUGCACUAUUGGUUGCCAUGUUUCUGAGCAACAAGACCUUGACCCCAUCUUUCCCACUUAAGGAUGGACAAUUGCCUUGGAUAUGUCAACAAUAUCUUCGGAACUUAUCGCUGAACGCAAUCGAGUGGACUCACGAUAGCUCGGUUGUAGAACAGGUACUGACAGGAGUAGAUUUGCCGCCUGCAGAAGUACUUAUUUCUGAAGCAAGCAGAUGUAUACGACGCGUCUCGCGUGGACUUCAGCUUACUGAUGAUACAUGA